GAUGUUACGGCAUCACCAACUUGGUUUGGUCGGCAUUCUCUCGUGGCGUACGCUGAAUACAGACAACUUCAACGUGCAAUAUUAAGUAAUAAAAUCCGGAAUAAAGGUGUUCAAGUAACUGACAGGAUGCAGGCCGCACACAUAUUCGUGUUAUGUGCAUUAGUAGCUACUUGCAUCGCCGAGACACAACGGCCGCCAGUCUCAGAUACAGCACUAGAUGACGCUCUCAAUGAUAAGCGUUUCAUACAACGACAGCUGAAAUGUGCGCUUGGUGAAGCGCCCUGUGAUCCAAUUGGGAAGAGACUAAAGACAUUAGCACCAUUGGUCCUACGAGGAGCAUGUCCCCAGUGCUCGCCGCAAGAAACAAAACAAAUACAACGUACGCUUUCGUAUGUUCAAAGAAACUUCCCACAACAAUGGGCUAAAAUUGUACGUCAGUAUUCUGGCUAAAGCUGGAAUUAGCUAACGAUAAGGAAAUACUUAUAUUUAUACUUAUAAUUAUGAAAGUACAUUAUGACUAUGAGACGUGACAAAAAUCAAGACGUAGCCUUUGUAGCAUAAACGCGGGAAAUUGUCCGUAGAGGUAUCAUUAUUAAUAAUGAAAGUUUUUGCGAAAUAUCAUAAAUAUAGAAUAUUAUACUAAGUACGCAUACAGUAUUCCAUCA